AUGGGGAAGAAGAAGGUGGGAGAGAUUCAACGCGGCGAGGACUUCUGUAUCCCCUCCGGGGAUAAGGAUGCCAACAGGACACUUCCUGCUGAGGAAUGGCCCUUGCUGUUGAAGAACUAUGACAAGAUGAACAUUCGCUCAACCCACUUCACGCUGCUGGAGUGUGGCUGGUCUCCACUCCGCCGUCCCUUAUCGGAGUACAUUAAGUACGGCAUGAUCAACAUGGAUAAGCCCUCCAACCCUAGCUCUCACGAAGUUGUUUCCUGGAUCAAGCGCAUUUUGAAGUGCGACAAAACGGGUCACGCUGGUACUCUCGAUCCCAAGGUGACUGGCGCCUUAAUUAUUUGCACUGACCGCGCUACGCGCCUGGUGAAAUCCCAGCAGAAUGCCGGCAAAACAUACAUUGGUGUGCUACGCCUUCACGAUACGGUGAGCCAGAAGCGGGUGGACGCUGCUCUCCAGCGGCUUACAGGCCCGUGCUUUCAGCGUCCUCCUCUGAUUGCGGCAGUGAAGCGCCAGCUCCGCAUUCGCAACAUCUACUCUAACCAGCUGAUUGAAUAUGACAAGCACCGGCACUUGGCCGUAUUCGAGACGCACUGCGAGGCCGGCACGUACAUUCGUACCCUUUGUGUGCAUCUCGGGCUCAUCCUUGGUGCUGGUGGACACAUGGAAGAGCUGCGCCGCAUCCGCACCGGCGUCAUAACCGAGAACGAUCACCUCUCCACUAUGCACGAUGUCAUGGAUGCUCAGUGGCUCUACGAGAACGAGAAGGACGACACGUAUCUACGCCGCGUAAUCCUGCCAUGCGAGUACCUCCUGUCGAACCACAAGCGCAUCGUUGUGAAGGACUCCGCUGUCAACGCUGUGUGCUAUGGCGCAAAGCUGAUGAUUCCUGGACUCGCGCGCUUCGACAACGGCAUUGAGCGCGACGACGUUGUGGUGCUGAUGUCCACGAAGGGUGAGGCCAUUGCUCUGGCGUAUGCGGAGAUGACCACGUCUCAGAUGGCUUCCGUUGACCAUGGCAUCGUUGCGCGAAGCAAGCGUGUGAUCAUGGAUCGUGACACGUACCCGCGUCGCUGGGGUCUUGGUCCAAUCGCUGUGAAGAAGCGUUCGAUGAUGAAGGACGGCCUCUUGGACAAGUACGGUCGCCCCCAGUCGAACACCCCAUCGGACUGGUUCUACGUCGACUACGGAGGUGUGAAAACAAACGCGGAAGGUGUCCAAUACGGUCAGGCUCCCUCGAAGGUGAGCGGCGUAAAGCGCCAGCGUGUGCCAGACUCGGAUGACGAUUAG